UGAUCGUCGGCGACAUGUUGCCUCACUGUCGAAUUCGCGCUACUGCGCCUGCGUAGGGCUCAACUUCUCUCUCCAAAAGUUUCAACGCGCACUGCUUUAUGGGAAUUGUAGUUUCUCUGUAUUUCAGAGUCAACGUUUUGAACCAUUAACGAAGCUGAUAAUGUGCACAGGAUACCAGAUUAUUACAAUAUUCACAUUCCACACAGCCAAAGUUUGAUAAGACUUACUCCCCAGUUUUUCUCUUCAACCAUUUCGCGUGUUUCACUAUUUUGAACUACAACUCCCGAAAGCCCCUUGGCUUACCCAUCUUCCCCAGUGCUGUCUCGCCUUAGCAUUCCGCUUUCUUGAUAUCUUAGGAAGGACUACGAAUCCCAGCGAGCUAAGCGUGACUCGAGGACACAAGAGGAGGAGCCCGGAGCGGUCUAGCGGCGGAACCAGGGGCCCCAGCAUAUGUGGAUGUGGCCAUGGGGAAGCGGUACUUCUGUGAUUACUGUGACCGAUCCUUCCAGGACAACCUCCACAACCGAAAGAAGCACCUGAAUGGGCUGCAGCACCUCAAGGCCAAGAAAGUGUGGUACGACAUGUUCCGAGAUGCAGCCGCCAUCUUGCUGGAUGAACAGAACAAGCGACCCUGCAGGAAAUUCCUGCUGACAGGCCAGUGCGACUUUGGCUCCAACUGCAGAUUUUCCCACAUGUCCGAACAAGAUCUGCAAGAGCUGAGCAUCCAGGUGGAGGAGGAGAGGCGGGCCAAAGAAUGGCCACUGGAGACUGCUGAGCUUCCUGAGGGCCACCUGGAGGACUGGCUGGAGAAGAGAGCUAAGAGGCUAAGCUCAGCCCCAAGCAGCAGGGCUGAACCCAUCAGAACCACUGCCUUCCAGUACCCUGUGGGCUGGCCGCCAAUGCAGGAGCUGCCCCCCUCCCUGCGGGCACCCCCACCCGGAGGAUGUUCCCUACAGUCCAGAGUCCACUGGGGCUGAGCUCUUCCCCACCUCCCUGCCUGACUUCCCACCUGUCUCAUCAGUCACAACUGCCCAACCUAGGAAGUAGAGCUGCCUCCCCUCCCUCUGUUUGCCCUGGGGCCUCUGAGCCUGGCCUCCCAUCCACCCACCAUCCCUCAGGGCAUUUCUCUAGAAAAUGGGUGAGAAACUUCUGAAUGUUUAUAAAGUCUUCCUCAAUGGCU